AUGAGAAAGAACGAUUUGGAUGGGGUUGUAGAGUUCUUCCAAGAUCUCUCAAGCAAUAACCCGAACCCCAUCCGUCUAUGGUGUAGUUCCCAGGUUCACACUAGUCUUGGUUGUCUGCUCGAUUCGUUUCUUCAUUUAGAGAUUACAGCCCAGCUCAAUGGGGAGGAUAUGAACACCUAUCUUCUGCAACAGGCUACUGCAUUGCACGAGGCCGGAAUUCAUGAGGAGGAAGUAACGAAGAUUUGUCAGACUCUUCACAAAAGAGCGGAUGGCUGUUUUCUUUGGGUUUCUCUCAUGCUGAAUGAGUCGUUGCAGGUGGUCAAGCCAUCAAUGAUCAACGAGCUCAUUCAGGGUGGAGUUCCAACUGACUUUGAUCAGUAUUACAGGAGGAGGAUCGAAGGAACAGACCCUCGAAAAAGAGAAUUGGUUUCGUAUGUCAUCCUCAUUUCCCAUAUCUUCCGUGACUAUUCCCCUAACCCCAUUUUCAGGAUUUUUCUCGCGUGUAUUCUACAUGCUAGAAGGCCCUUGCGGCUGGACGAGGUCCGAAAAUUCAUGGCUAUCGCAUCAGAGCAGGAGCGUGUGGACAUCGACGAAGAUAAACUGCCAUAUAAGGCCGAAAUGAUGAAGCUUUGUGAUCCUUUGGUGAAGGUUGAGAAAGUGGAUAUUCUCAAUUGUGAGACCGAGAUUUGCACAUUGGAGCACUCGUCGGUUCAAAGUCUCCUGGUUGAAGCCACUCUGGCCGAUGGUGAUUAUAUCGAGGAAGUCGCCAGCGAUGGAAGACUAAUCGCGAUUGCAAAAAGACGAGAUAUAUGCGAAUCCGAUAUCGAAUUCACGAAAUCAUCAAAGGAAGAUGCUAGUCAUGAUAAUGGUUCUGGCAAUAUUCCAAAUUCGAAGCAAUCACCCCUCACGGGCCUCUCUGAUUCUGAGAAGCCAGUCACAGUUGAAGAAAAGAUUCAUAUGUGGACCAAGGCUGGUCGGACUUUAACCUUCUCCGAUAACCUUGAAGAUACAGGAAGUGUUGAAGCUGAAAGCUCUCCAUUCAGAGAUAUGGCUUUGGAGGCAGCAUCUGGAUCUGAAUACACGGAUGAGGCCUUAAAUCCUUUAUCUGAUGAAAACAGUGUUAACACUGCCCGUACAUCUUGGAGUGAGCCAUCCAGACGUUCAUUAUCUGAUGAAAGUGAAGAAGAAGACGAAUGGAAUGAUUGGGCCAAUGAUCCUCUUACGAUGGAGGAUUUGGAAGAGGAACACCAAGCAGACUCUGACAUGGAUUCGGCUGAUGCCAGCAGCGCUGGAUUGGUAUCCGCUUGUGACAUCGAAAGCGAACUUUCAGGAGAUGGAGAUGAGCAGAAUAAUUCAGAAGGCGAAAUUCGCAGUCAUUACACUCCCAGCAAUUUUUCUUUCGCCGAUAAUAGUGUCGAUUCGGAUUCCGACAAUGAUCCUGUCGCGUUGUUUGGAGAUAUAUUCCUCUACUCCAAAACGGCAAGGCAUGAGGAAACAAGCAUACCACCAUCAAAAUUUACGAUCCCACCAAAACGACGGAAGCCCCCAUUUUUCAUUAUACGUGCUACAUAA